CCCCCCAGAGAUAAGUGUCGCAAUCGACCUUCUCAAAGUCGGCAUCCGAGCCUGCUUAUACCCGAGCCUAUGUGAACUCUUAAUCUUGCACAUAACCGCCACACACGCACGUGGAAAAAGACGCAUUUCUAGCGGAACAUUUCGAGUCACAUGGAUUCCGGUAGCAUUUCACAAGUUGCACAGCUGCGAUCCUCUCAGCACUAAGCCGGGCAUCAACCCUUACCUUCCGAUGGCGGACGUGCCCCGCGCCGACGAAACCUCGCCGUUUCUCCAGCGGCCGCCGGUGGCCAGAUCGGCGUCCUACGACAGCGACGGCCGCCCCGUGGCCGCACGGAAACUCACGCUCUUCAACAGCCUCGCCAUUGUCAUCAGUCUCCAAAUCGGUUCCGGAAUCUUCAGCGUCCCUUCGCAGAUCAGCCAGUUUGUCACGGCGCCGGGCUACGGCCUGCUGGCAUGGCUUUUUGGCGGUCUACUCGUGUGGACGGGCGCGGCGUCCUUCAUCGAGCUUGGGCUCCGCAUCCCCAACAACGGCGGCAUCCAGGAGUACCUGCGAGCAUGCUACGGUGAGUUCGCCGGCUUCCUGUUCACGUGGGUGUGGUGCAUCAUCAUCAAGCCCGCCGCGAACUCCAUGAUCGCAACCAUCUUCGCCGACUACCUCACCGAGGCCUUCGUUGCGGACCAGGCGGCGCUGUCGCCGUGGAUAUCAAAGGUGGUGGCGGCCGGUUGCAUCGUGACCAUGACGCUUGUCAACUGCAUGGGCGCAACCGCAGGAGCCAAGGCUGCCAACCUGUUUCUCUUUCUCAAGGUGGCGGCCCUUGCUGCCAUCGUUGUUCUCGGCUGUAGUGUCUGGGCCUUUGGUCACGGAGAGGGGGUCCCGUCGUCCGAGUAUGGCUGGUUUGGACAGGCGCCCGAGCAGCGAGAAAUCGGUCUCUGGGAAUGGCUUGGAGACUUUGGAACAGCCACAUUCGGGGCAUUAUGGUGCUACGCUGGCUGGGAAAUGGUCGGCUUUGUUUUGGGAGACAUGAAGGAUCCCAGGAGGGAUCUGCCAAUCGUGAUCAAUGGCUCCAUGAUUGUAGUGAUCAUCGGCUUCAUGCUGAUGAACGCUGCUCUAUACGUCUGUCUACCCAUGAGUGUCAUGAGGACAAGUAGCACCGUGGCAGUGGAAUUUGCCAACAGAAUCCUCGGCAACUGGGCCGGACUUGUAUUCUGCCUGGUAGUGUCUGUUUCGGCAAUGGGCGCCCUGAACUCGAACGUGUUCGCCACCGCCAAACUCGUUGUAGUUGCAAGCCAACGGGGAUAUUUCCCUGCCAUCUUGGCGAAUUUGCACUGCAGUCAUGAGAAGGACGAGGCUGCUUGCGUGGACGAGUACAUGGCUUCUCUGCCCAGGCUGGCCAAGGUCCCGAUCAAGUGCUUUUUGUCCUGGACUCAAAACCGGCGUUGGCGGAGAAAUGUGCCUCUGCUGCCCCUGUUGCUUAAUUGCGUGUUGUCGGUGGUGUAUGUGGUUGUUGGAAGCUUCAAUGGGCUUGUCACGUUUAUUGGCCUGGCGGCGUACACGAUAUUCUUCUCUUCGGCAAUUGGGCUCAUUGUCCUCCGCCGCAGAGAUGCCCGCAACCCGCCGGCAAAGGCUGCCGAGUACAGCACUUGGCUCAUGAACCCCAUCAUUUUCAGCGCUAUUAGUGGUCUGCUGGUGGUCCGAGGAGUCAUCUCGGAACCUGUGCAGGGAGGGGCUAUUCUCUUGGUCGCCAUUUUUGGGGUAGUCUUCUUCUCGCUCAGGUUCGGGUUACGCGGCUUCACCCACACUGAAGCCAGCUGAGUGUCGCCCAGCUUUCUGACCUUCCGUUGUGGUUGUGCGACAUCUGCAAUCCUUCACAGCCGACGAAGCCAUUGUCAACUGGACUGGCCGCUGUCGGGCUUGGACUCGUCUUUUGCAAGCGCGCCAGCUGACCUAACCCCAGGCCUCCCCAGUAUUAGGGUGUGGUGCGGGUUGCUAAAGAGGGCUCGUAGAUACGAAGACAUAUAUCCCCUUUUCCAAGGGCGUCGCACGUACGACUGACUGGAGGCUGGCCUGUUUCCUUCUGGUUGUCCCACCACACACAGUUGGUGUCGGCGGCUAUCCGAAACACUUAGCCAGCCAAGACGAGCCGGAGAGGUCUGUGGGAGUUUAGGCGACGGCACAGUCGCAUCUUGGACUCGGGUCGCUGUUCCCGGAGAGACGGGUCAAGGUUGUGGAACCGUGGGAGACCUGACGCCAUCCAAAGGCAUCAUGAGUAAAAAAGACCCUGUGGGCAAAGAUAGGCUUGCAGCCGCUAAAUAAAGUAAAAAAAGUAAAAAAAC